GGACCUUCCCUCGCCUCAAGUCAAGGAGACAGCCGCGUGCACCCGCGCUCGGUUAUUUGGCGGCCCCCCGCUGGUUCCAAGCUCACUAGUAUCAACACCACGCACUGAUCCGGGAACAGCAGCAGCAGCUCCUCUCUCCCAUCUCAGCACCCGCCUCACCGUGGUGCGUCCCAGACGCGCUCUCUCCAGUUCAGGAUGGACUCGCCUCCUUCUCUUCACCUUUCCCACUGACUGUGACGCUGCUGUAGUUUGGUGGGAGUUCCUGGGGAAGGAGCUGGAACUGAUCCUCUGUCCGCUGUUUCGCCUUUCCACUGGGUUUUUAAUUUGAUUGAACUGCCACUGUACACUCAUCCGCGGGCUCCGAAAUGGGAAUGUACAUACAUCUGCUGCUUUUGCAGUACUAUUUCGUCUCGAGUUUUGUGUGCAAUGCCGUCGCUUUCGUGGAGGAACCCUCCGGGGGCAGGUCGGACGGGUACUGCGGGCGGAUCCUCCGGGCGCCGACACAUGGGACCCGGAAGGAUGGCCACCAUGAGUUCAGGCUCAGAGUGGAGGGGGACCCGGAAACCUACCAGCCCGCCAGCACCUACAGAGUGGUACUCCUGGCAACCAGCCCUGCUUAUUUCAGAGGUUUUACCCUCAUCGCGCUGAAGGAGGGCAGAGAGGGCACCACAGACGACGACUACGCCGGCCAGUUCCAGAUCAUUGAUGAGGAUGACACACAGUUCAUGACCAACUGUGCCCCCGCAGUGACAGAGAGCACACCUCGCAGACGCACCAGGAUACAAGUCUUCUGGACAGCGCCGCCUACUGGGACUGGCUGUGUUAUACUGAAGGCCAGCAUUGUCCAGAAGAAAGUCAUUUAUUUCCAGGAUGAAGGCUCUCUCACCAUUCGGCUGUGUGAGAAAGAGCGUGUGUUCGGUGAAGCUACAGAGACUCCUGCCAUGGAGUGCUGCGCCUGUGGAACAGCCAAGUACAGACUCACCUUCUAUGGCAACUGGUCAGAGAAAGUACAUCCCAAAGACUACCCAAGGCGAGCAAACCACUGGUCGGCUCUGAUUGGUGCAUCUCACUCCAGAGGCUACGUGCUGUGGGAGUACGGAGGCUACGCCAGCGAGGGCGUCCGUCAGGUCGCUGAGUUUGGCUCCCCCAUCAAGAUGGAAGAAGAGAUUCGACAGAAGGAGGACUCUGUGUAA